UAUCUUUGAAGGCAACGAUGAAUGGUGUGCUCUCCAAGCAUUGAAGGCUUAGAAUAUUUUUGAAGUUUCAAAUAUGUCCGGAAAAAGUAAAAUUGGCAUUGUUGGCAGUGGCUUGGUUGGAAAAAGCUGGGCUAUGCUGUUUGCCAGUGCUGGCUACAAAGUCUCAAUCUAUGACAAUGACCCCAAAGUUUCUGAAGCAGUAAUCCGAAACAUUGAAGAACAGUUGAAAAAAUUGGAAGGGUCUGGCUUGCUUCGUGGCUCUUUAUCUGCUUCUCAGCAACUUCAACUUAUAACUGUCACUUCAAAUCUUGCUGACUGUGUGAAAGGUGCUUUCCAUGUUCAGGAGUCUGUUCCAGAGAACGUAGAUAUCAAAAAGAAAGUUUUUCUGGAAUUGGAUGAAUUGGCUGAUGAUUCUGUAGUUUUAUGCAGCUCAACAAGUUGCAUCGUUCCAUCCACUUUUUCUGAAAAGCUGAAACAUCGCUCACAAGUUGUCGUUGCACACCCUGCUAACCCCCCAUACUAUGUACCAAUAGUAGAAAUGGUACCUUCUCCAUGGACAAAACCAGAAGUUGUCUCUAAAACUACCGCUUUAAUGAAAGAGAUUGGUCAGAAACCUGUAGUAUGUAAAAAGGAAAUUUAUGGAUUUGCCAUCAACAGGAUGCAAUAUGCCAUCAUCAAUGAGUGCUGGCGACUUGUGCAGGAUGGUGUGAUGUCAGUGGAAGAUGUCGACGCCGUGAUGUCUGAGGGUCUUGGUAUGAGAUAUGCAUUUCUGGGAGUGUUUGAAACAUGCCAUCUUAAUGCUGAUGGCAUGCUUGACUAUUGCAGGCGUUAUGCAAAGGGCAUCUUUAAUGUAUCAGAAACCUUUGGACCUGCCCCACAAAUGAAAGGUCCAACUGCAGAAAAUAUUCACAAAGAGCUUUGUGAAAUGGUUCCUCUUCAGCAGCUCAACGAUCGUAGAAAAUGGAGAGAUGAAAGGUUGGCUUGUUUAGCUAAGCUAAAGAAGUCAAUGGACACUGAAUAAAUUCCCAUUAUAUUAAAAAAGGAAAGAAUUCCUUUAAGCAAUUUUAAAUGCUCCCUUAAAAUUUGUAAUUAAUGUUAUAUAACAUUUUCAGUAUAAAAUAAAUGUAUU